CACCAAGUUGUGAUGUUUAGAAAAGUUGUAGUGUGCAACAAGACCUUUCAAUUGCACCUUAAAUGAUCAAAUUCUGACAAUUAGUAAUGGACCUGUUGCAUUUUGUGGAUUUGUUUUGAAUAAUGUGAUUAUGCUGAGCUCGUUGAGUUUCAAUUGGUCUUAUUUGCAUUACCCUGAUCCAAAUCGAACUUUUCCGACUCUGUACAAUCAAUUAGCAUAUGUCGGCUGUUGAAAGUCCAUCAAGUGAUAAUUGAGUGAACGAACAUACGGGCGAGUGAGAAGAAGAUACACCACUCAUAGGUCUAGAUAGAGCGAGAUCUAUUUAUUUGUACCACUAUCUCUCUGUGUCAAUAGAUCAGUCACUUCAGUGUUAUUCUCUUGCUCGAUGGAGUCGCAUGGUAAUGCUGUUCAAUGCAUAUUUCUCUGUGAAUUUCACACUAUAGCCGGUCCGCGAAUAACAAUCCAAGUACCUAGUGAUUAUGUGUCCAAAGAUGUUUUCCAGAUUGUCAGUCGGUAUAUCAUUCCUAAGGUGCAACAGCUCCAGCGAACUUUUAUUUGCUUGUCAAUGCUUGGUAUGAAAAUACUAGGCUAUCCAGUGCGAAUCGUUAGCAAUUCGUAUGCAAGGAAUGCUUUUCACUUCAAUGUUUGUUUCGUGUUCGCAUCAACCACGCGAACUGUGGCCUUUGAACCAGUUGUCCGCAAGUUGACUGAGUACCUUAUUGACUUGGAGCUAAGCAGCAAACUACUUUCACAUGUAGCAGACGGUGAUCUCUUUUCCUGCCUCCAGAAUCUAUUGACACGUGUCCGUAAUGACAUAAAUUCCAAUGGUGUUUGCCUACUCCAAGAGGGUUCAACAACUAUUCCGCUAUGUGUGACUGCACCAGAAUGUGGAGAGGCUGCUGCAGGAGUUGUUGUUGGACCUCAUCAUGCACCAAUUAUACUGCCUGCCUUUCAUACCUACGCCCGUGACCAAUGGGACCUUACAACUCUACGCUUGCUUCCUUACAUUACGGGUUUUAAUCACAUUAGCCGUAUCAGCGCCCUUGCUGAUGUUGCACUUGAUCUCGUACGCGAGUGUAUACGUCACCUAGUUGCGCUAGGUGUGGCACUACUGGUGCCUCUCUUUCAGUACAGUAACAUGUAUCGACCUACACCAAAACUUGCAAAACUAGCUAAAUGUUUGGCACUCCAGAAGCGUUGUGUGGCUCAAUGCAGUAAACUACCCGCAAGAUGUGAUGUACGUGAUGUGUUUCGAAUGUUUGCCUCGAUGGCUCAUGGAGCGACGUACGGUGAGAUAUGUGUUCGCUUCAAUCCGGCAGCCUUGAACAUCAAUGACCGGCAAAUGGUGCUAUUUGGUUUAGUAGAGGGUCUUAUUCGAACCGUACAUCGGUAUCCCGUCUCCAUACGACGAGAGACACUCUCUGAAGAAGGACGGAGUAGUCGCCCUCUACCACGAGCCUUACCGUCUGCUCACACAGGUUCCCAUCGACCUACACUCCCUUUUACAGGCUUUAAAUGCACUCAUGAGAUCUGUUGCUCCGCUGGCAUAUCUUCACACCAACUCCAUGCUAUUUUAGAACGUGAUCAGGCCUGCGUAGUGCUUUACAGGUGAAUCCAGUAAAUCAGUGCAAUAAAAAACUAAUAAACGUAGGACUACUCAACAGUU